CAGUCAGGCAUACCAACUAUACAGUCAGUCUACAAAUGUCAAAAAGUUUGUAUAUUUUUUUAAAUAAUUAGAGUUAAGUUUUAUCUCAUCAUUUAAAAGUAUUGUUAAUAGUAUUCAAAUAAAAAAAUGUAUUCAUGGGGCGCAAAUUCAUCUAGUCAACUGGGUCAGGGAAUUUGUAAUGAACAAUAUAAUACACCAACAAAAAUAUCUGAAGAAAAAUUAUCCCUAGUGCCAGAGCGGGUAAUUCAAAUUAACGGAGGGGCCACUCAUAGUUUAGUUUUAGAUUCACUGGGAAAAAUUUAUAUGUGCGGAAAAAUAAAUAUAAAUGCGAAAGACCCGAACGAAAUUUUAUAUACUUUUAAACAAAUUGCUAGUUGUGAAAAUAUUAUUUUUAGUCAAAUUGCAUGUGGAUGGGACUUUUCUGUUGGAAUAAGUAAAUAUUCAAAAUUGUUUGUUUGGGGGUCGAAUUCUUUUAAUCAGUUAGGAUUACCGAAAGAUAAGUAUCCAUUUAUAGCUGAACCAAUCCUUGUUAAUGAUAUUUCAGUUAAGUUUGUUGCUUGUGGUUUACGACACACGGCUGUUAUUACUCUGGAUAAUAAACUAAAAAUAUGUGGAAGUAAUACUCAUGGACAAUUAGGCUUAGUCGAUGCAAUUGGUAAUUCUUUGAACGUUGAGUGUUUUACAGACAUUCCAAAUUUAGAAAACAUAAAAACGGUAGCUUGUGGGCAAAAACAUACUGUUGCUUUAAAUUUUAGAGGCGAAAUUUUUGUUUGGGGUGAUAAUAAAUGGGGUCAAUUAGGUUUUAGUCCUAAAUUGAUGUCUAAAAGUAAAAAACCUAUAAAAUUAACAAUUCCAAAAUUAAAUGACCCUAUAAAACUGUUUUGUGGAUGGACCCAUAAUGUAAUUUUAACAGCAAGUGGUCAUUUAUGGUCAUGGGGAAGAAAUAAUUAUGGACAAUUAGGCAGAAGAUGUGAUGAAAAUAAUAGUUGGUUGCCAGAAAAAAUACAAUUGAACGACGUGGAACGUUUUUCGAUUGGAGCUGAACACAAUUUAGCGGUUGCAUCAAAUAAACUGUAUAGUUGGGGGUGGAAUGAACAUGGAAAUUGUGGAAAUGGCUGUUUAAAUAAUAUUUUUGAACCUACAAUUAUUGAUUCAAAUGUAUCAAACAAAACAAUUUAUUGUAUUGGGUGUGGGACUGGUCAAAGUUUUGCAAUAAGUAAAUAAGAAAAAUAUUUUUUUAAAUUUGAA